AUGGGCCCUCCCAAUCCUCAGACGCAGUGGUCGCUCUCCCUUGGACUUAACUUCAUGAUCCUGAGCCUGUGCAUCAGUGCGGCUACCAAGCUGAUUGCACACCAGCUCCAUCGUAAAUUCAUCUUCAAGAUCGUGUGGCUCGAUAUCGGCAUUCUCAUAUUGUCGAGCAUACUCGUUAUCAUAACGAUAACAGGGUUACUAAAUCAGAACGACGUGAUGCAGUACGAGUACAUCAUUGCUGCGUAUAUAAGCAUGGAAAGUUUCUCCCUCUACCUGGGAAUCAUUGAAUCUACGGAUCGAUUCUGUGCCUUGAUCUCAAACCAGCGAACACGCAAGAUCAUCAAGGCUGCCUCUUGGACAUUUUUUGGGCUUUGCUGCGCCUUCAACCUUCUCUCGGAAUUUAUUGGCAUUUGGGGCAUCUAUCACAGCUUCUUUGCCUUCUCUUCAACUCCAUACUAUAUCAACAUCCUCAAUCCCUUCCUCUCGUUCUACUACAACGCAUACAUUGCAAUUGCCUCCUUCAUGGAUCUGCACUUUCUGGUGAAGCUUGGCCAGGGCAUCCGCAUCCGAUUCGAAUCAAUCCGCAAGGGCAAGGAGAGGUUUAUCGUCUACGAGCAUAUUCUUUGGGUCAUACUCUGCCUUGUCAGCAGUAUUGUCGCCUUCUGCGUGAAUAUCGCCGCCGGAGUUACAGGCACAUACACUUUCAGCGAUCAUCUCAACAGCCUCACGCACGCAUAUCGCCUGAACGUCUUUAUCGACUUUGGUGUUCAUAUCCAUGACUUGCUCUCAAGCGACAUCAAGUUCUCGACGACCGACAGCCAGAGAAGCAUGUCGGCAUCCGUGACCGCCAAGACAGCCAACAUCAACAAGCCCCCGACCACGCCAAAGGCACAGAGAACCGCCGAGAUCACGGCAAUCUAACAGCAGCCAGAGGUCAACUGGCGCUUUGUCGAUUACACGGCGUUGAGUCGUUAUCCAUAGCUCAUCAAGUGCCGAGCUGACGGUGUGUGGUGGGUCUGAGCGACAGAGCGUAGUAUGAAUGAGUGUCUGUAUCCCGGCUAUCACACCGCUGUGGCUGGUCAGAUGCACAUCUCGGUGCAAAGUUUAACAGGACAUCCUGGAGCCGAGUGUAUCAAUGAUUUCAUUGAGACUCUUGAAUAGAUACAUGUCCCAAUUUACAGCGUGCCAAUAAAACGGGACACCCGGG